GGGGUCUGCUGUAGGCGAAGGAGCCACACUCAGCUGGACAGCGCACACUGUUGAUCGCACAGGAUUUCUCUCCGGAACAAGAUCUAAAUAUCAAUCUUUCAUCAGCAGCAUGGCUCAAGCGAAAAUACAAGCGAAAAUGAGCGAUCCUCCGUGCAGCAAGUUCAGCAGGACCCUGUCCAUGGCAGAUCGCUCGGGACGGUUGCUUGAGAGUUUGGAUCAGCUGGAAAUAAGGGUGGAGACUUUACGCGAAGCAGCGUCAGCCUUGGAGCAGGAAAGGGACUGCAUCCUGGAAAUGAUUCAGUCCACUCUGAACAGUCAAGAAAUACAUAGCAUCUGUUCUGGAGAGAGAGAAGAGUUAACUCUAACUGCAAACCGUCUACUGGGGCGGACACUGUGUGUGGAGGUCUCUGUUGGCACGAUCAGAAACUCCCAGCAGGAGGAGGCGCUGCGCAAGGCCACAACUAUAAUAGACGAAAUUGUCAAGAAGUUACUGGGUGACAUGGAAGGUGCAAGAAAUCAGCUGCUGGCCCUGCACGCUGCCUGUGUGACCGAGGCACCGCCUGUCCCCAUCGACCAGAAGUUUCAGGCCUUAGUGAUCAGCUGUGCUCUAGAGGACCAGAAGAAGAUCAAGCAGAGGCUGGAGACUUUGAUGAGGAACGUUCAAAAUGCUGAAAAGAACAUCAAGAUCAUGGAUCAUCAAAAACUAGAGGACCCAAAAGCCAACGGCACUCUCUAAGGCUUAUCAACAAAGCAUAAAAUAUGUCUUUAAUGCCACUUAACUCACUCACUAAAAACUGUUGUAAUCCUGUACUAACUUAUGAAGGAUGCUUCAUAUUGCAGAAAGACCAGUCCCUAUUUUAAGAUUUCAGUGAUAUUGUACCUUAGGCCCAAAAAUAAAGUAAAGAACAAAAUAAUUCACAAGUGAGCACCACAAACACCAUCUUUCUUCCUGAUGGAAUAAUUUAGUAUUAAUGAUUUUAAUUUCAAUUAUUGUAAUUUGAUGCAUUUAAUAUAGAUUGUUUAAUGUACUGUAUAUACCCAGUACUAAAUAUAAGUGUACUUAUGCACAAAAGUGAGACAGAAAACAAUAACACCAGAAAGUCCUUUGGUUGCAGAUUUCAAUGAAGGUCCAUUUCUGACAAUCAGAUAACAAUAAAGUCACUAUAAUGUGUCAGUAGAUCAUUUACAGAGGUUUGGGUUAUAAACCAGUGUAAAACUUG